CCAAAUUUUCUUCUUUCGAAUGACGGAUAACUGUAGAGAUGGUUUUGGACAUUUUUGCACUGGGGAAUUUAGGGUUUCUUACAAUAAAAAAGUUUUAAAACACUUACAUAUAUGCGUUUGCAUGAGUUUCCUAUGUAGUUCUUGCAUUUUUUAAAACGUUGUUAAUCCAACUGGGAGAACAAUUUCAGUAAGGUGACGGAGUAUAUUCCUCCGUAUUUCAUAAAUAGGUGCUCUAAAACUUGGGGCGUACAAUUCAGAAUAAUACAAAAAAAAUGUUUCCGUCUGCAAGAUACGCGGUUUUGAAGAACACUUUAUCCGGAAACUUAUUUUCCGAUUUUUGGAAAGGAUUUCCGAAGUACUGCCUGUCAAGGAGCAAAAGUUACAAUAUAGCCGCUUGCAUGCCUGAGGCAGCGGCGUUCACCGGAGUCGGGGAUCACUCGGAAUUGUACGAGUUCUCCGUCAAUCAGGGGGAGCGAUUUUGGGGAGCCCUGGGCAGAGAAAGGUUGUCCUGGAUAACCCCUUUCCACACCGUCCAGAACUGUGACCUGCGCCAGGGAAGAAUCAGGUGGUUUGAAGGAGGACAGCUUAACACAUCAGUGAACUGCCUGGAUCGCCAUGUCCACACGUGUCCCGACAGAGUGGCCCUGAUCUGGGAGAAGGACGAGCCCGGGACUCAGGUCAAAAUCACGUACAGGCAACUGCUGGAGCUGACAUGUCGCCUCGGGAACGUCCUGAAGAGGCAGGGAGUGAGGAAAGGGGACUGUGUCACUCUCUACAUGCCCCCCUGCCCUGUGGCAGUGGCCGCCAUGCUGGCCUGUGCCCGAGUCGGUGCUGUCCACAACGUCGUGUUCGCAGGAUUCAGCUCGGAGGCGCUGGCUGACCGCAUCAGGGACGCUCAGUCCAAGCUGGUGAUCACUGUGAACCAGGGCCUGCGAGGAGGCAAGACGAUUGACCUGAAGAAGACAGUGGAUCAGGCCAUCAAGAGCUGCCCCUCAGUGCAGCGGGUCCUCGUCGCCAUGAGAACGGAGAAUCCAGUUGCCAUGACGGACAAAGACGUACCAUUGGAGGAGGAGAUGAUGAAGGAGGACGUGACAUGUGAGCCUGUUGCCAUGGAGAGUGAGGACGCUCUGUUUGUGCUGUACACCUCUGGGAGCACUGGCAAGCCCAAGGGCCUGGUCCACACGCAGGCUGGCUAUCUGCUCUACACAUCUCUGACACACAGGUAUGUGUUUAACUACCAUGAUGGGGAUGUAUUUGGCUGUGUUGCUGAUAUUGGCUGGAUCACAGGACACAGCUAUAUUGUUUAUGGUCCACUCUGCAAUGGAGGAACUACAGUCCUGUUUGAAAGCACUCCAGUGUAUCCCAAUCCAGGCAGGUAUUGGGAGACCGUGGAGAGGUUAAAAAUCAGUCAGUUUUAUGGAGCCCCAACAGCAAUUCGGCUUCUGCUGAAAUAUGGUGAUGACUGGGUGAAAAAAUACGACAGAUCGUCUCUUAAAACCCUAGGCUCAGUGGGAGAGCCAAUCAAUCUGGAAGCCUGGGAAUGGUAUUUCAGGGUUGUGGGAGAUGGGAGAUGUCCUGUCGUGGACACCUGGUGGCAAACAGAGACUGGUGGGAUUUGCAUCGCUCCCAGACCGUCCGAUCCUGAGGCCGAGAUAAUCCCCACCAUGGCCAUGCGGCCUUUUUUUGGUAUUCAGCCCGUUCUGAUGGACAGCAAGGGUAAUAGGAUGUCUGCUAACAACACUUCGGGAGCACUCUGCAUCUCGAAACCGUGGCCUGGUAUGGCCAGGUCCAUUUACAACGAUCACCAGAGAUUCAUAGAGACCUACUGCAAGCCUUACCCAGAUCACUUUUUCACCGGCGACGGCGCGUACCGUUCAGAGGAAGGCUAUUACCAAAUUGUCGGUCGCCUCGAUGACGUCAUCAACGUCAGUGGGCACCGCCUGGGAACUGCGGAGAUCGAGAAUGUGGUGAAUCGGUGUCAUGGUGUUGCAGAGUCAGCAGUUAUAGGUUAUCCGCAUGAUGUGAAAGGACAAGGUGUCUACGCAUUUGUAGUACUGAAAGAGGAAGUAGAUACACCAGAGGCCCUCCUGGCCCAGCAACUGAAGGACAUGGUUUCCAAGACGAUUGCAAAAUAUGCUGCUCCUGACUACAUCCAGGUUGUGAAACGGCUGCCCAAGACGCGUUCGGGGAAAAUUAUGCGCCGCAUCCUGAGGAAGAUUGUGGAAGGGAAGGUUGAUGAACUAGGGGACCUCACUACACUGGACGACCAGAGAGUUGUAGAGGAGAUUAUCGAGGGGCGCAGGCUCCUCCUGGAUUUAAACCAAAGCAAAUAACCUUGAGGGGAAACAGUGAGUCUCCCGCUCAUACCAGAUCGCGCCUUUGACAUGGUGUAACUUGAGAAGCACCAUGUUCUGACCCUCUCCUGCACGCUCUGACCCUCUCCUGUCUAGAAAAUGAAAUAUGUUUAAAAAAAAACAGGAGACGUGAAGAACGAAGAAUGGAUCUUUUCAUAUGGCCGUUCUUGAACUGGUGCCAUCUAUUCACAGCAUAAAAGAGGAAUACUGUCUAAGCCGGUACGACAUCAGUACUUAGAAGCUUUUAUGACAAGGAUUCCAAAGCUAUUUUUUAACUUGAUUUUAAACGCAAACAAAUAAUCAGGAAUUAAUUGAAGAGCUAUAUAUAGCACCUUUUCUGUGAAAACAGAUUCAAUUAUUUGUAGCCACAAACCCUGGGGCAUAGCAGUUAACAGGGAGAGGGUUCCACUUCAUGAUUGCGUUCUGCUGUUAGGUAUGCAUUAAUAACAAAUUACCUCUCGCUGCAGGAGCUGAGCAAUAACUGAAUAGCAGCAGGGAUUAGAUGCUCUGGUAGCAGAGCAUAAAAUGUGAAAUUUAAGUCCAGUGACCACAGUAAUUCUUUAUAGUGUAACUGAGGUGUCUACAUGAUAUGUUUAUCAUCUAGACCUUAGGUUUAAUAUAAUUUUCACGCUUUUCUAAGUGCAGCUAUAGUUAGUCACUUUACCACUUGGCUGUUUUUCUUAAACUGGUCUUUGGCUUUGUAGGGUCUUGCAGUUACAAUUGUUCAUUUAUAAGUCAUACAAGUAGAACAAAAUGUAAAGCAUGAAGAACAAAUGUAAAUGAAGGUCUGUAGUAUGCCAUUGAAUAAAAUUAUAAAAGAAAUACAAUUGUUCAUAUAAAUACGUAUUGCCAAUAAAUAUGCAGUGUGUUU